AUGGAUUCAAUUAAGGAUAGUGGGGAUAGAGGUAGUAAUGGCGAGUAUGAAACUGAGACUGGGUCGGAGACAGAGGAGGAGAAUGCCUCAGACGCUUUGGAUGCCACCACUUUAGGGCAGACAGUAUCACCACCUGUGUCAGUUCCAUCUACUACUGUCGUUGCACAGCCCAUGGAUUCAAUUAAGGAUAGUGGGGAUAGAGGUAGUAAUGGCGAGUAUGAAACUGAGACUGGGUCGGAGACAGAGGAGGAGAAUGCCUCAGACGCUUUGGGUUGA